AUGGCCAUUCCUCAGGACUUUGGCGGUGCUGUUGAGUUUGAGGACCACAGACGUGCUCAAGAGUCCACCAAGCCAGUCGAAGAGGUUGAUCUAGUCAUCAUUGGAGCUGGACCAACAGGCCUGCUGUCCGCUCUGCUUGCCCGCCAACUCGGGCUCAGCGUCUCGAUCCUCGAUGCAAAGCAAGGACCUCUAGAAGUUGGCGGCGCAGAUGCCAUCACAGCUCGAACCCAGCAGUAUCUGGAAGUCGCCAGCAACGCGGAGCCAAAGAACGGGAAAGAUGCAGGUAUCCUCGGAGAGCUUCUGAACCGAGGUGUGAAGUGCAACACAAGCACAACCUACGCUGAUGGAGAAUUCACCAGCCGGCAAAGCAAGUGGUGGAACGGUAUCCCCCACACCUUCUACAACCACCUCCUCAUGAUCGGCCAGCCCUUUAUAGAACGCCACUUUACCUCUCACAUGGACGUGCCCGUGCACUACGAUGAGCCCGCGCUCUCCUUCUCUCACACAACGUCGCCCAUGAGCGUGACCGUCCACACAGCAAAGCGCACCGUGCAAGCGAAAUUCUGCCUCGCGGCCGACGGAGCGCGCAGCUUCAUGCGAAGCGAGCUGGGCAUUGGCUGGGAGGGCACGAAACCCAACAUGGUGUGGGCCGUGUUGGAUUGCUGGAUCGACACGACGUUCCCUGUGACGAGAGAGAUUGUCACGCUGCAGGUCGAUGGCGAGUCGAGGAUGGCGUGGAUUCCGCGUGAACGUGGCAUGCAGAGAUUCUACGUCUUGCUCGAUGGGGAGAUUACACAGGAGAAGACGGAGGCUUCGAUUCGAAGACACAUGGCGCCGCAUCCGGUUGAGUUUACACAUGUUGAGUGGUUCAGCAAGUUUGAGAUCAAAGAGCGCGUCGCGACAACCCUCGUCCACCCAACCCCCACCGGCCCCUUCCUCCUCGCCGGCGACGCCGCACACGUCCACUCCGUCAACGGCGGGCAGGGCAUGAACACGGGCCUCUCGGACGCCUUCAACCUAAUCUGGCGCCUCUACUUCGUCCUCGGCCACCCGUCCCUCCCGGCGUCGUCAGCAACGGCGCUCCUCUCGUCCUACGACACCGAGCGCCGCGCAACAGCAGCCCGCGUCAUCAACGUCGCAGCACAGCUCGUGCGCAGCACCAUGGCCGACGCAAAGGGCUACGUGACCCUGAUUGAGCAAAACGCCGCCUUCAUCACCGGCAUGGGCGUGCAGUACGCCGACGUCGCGUCUCCGCUAGUAACCAACAGCGAGCGCGGCGUCUGGCGCGCCGGCCACCGCGCCCCGGAUCUGUGGCUGAGAGACCACCGCGCAAACGACGACCUGCGCUUCUACCAGCGCCUCGUCUACGGCCGCUACGUGCUCGUGCUCGUCGGCGCCGCAGCCGCAGCCGCAGCCGCAGACGCAGAGCACGAAAAAGACGUCCUCAAGCCCAAGACACCCCAGUUCCUCUCGCUGCUGAAACUAACCGAGCUGAAGGCGCGGAACGUGGGCGUUGUCUCGGUCCCCGCCUCCGCUUCCAGCCGCGAGCCCGCCGGUUUGCAAAACGAGGGGGAGGCAGAUGCGGAGACUUUCGGCUGCUCGUACGUCCGACCGGGGGAUGCCUACGCCGUGCUCGUGCGGCCAGACUGCUACGUUGAGAUUGUGGGGUCGGUGGACGAGGUGCGGCGGUACGUUGAGGAGCGCUUACCGGGGCUGUUGUGA